GCAGAAUGUACUUUAAACAUAUGGAAAGAGAAAUCAUAAUACUGGUUUGGGAAUUCCAAUUUGAGAAGCCUGUCAUGAGUGGUCAUGAGUAAGAAAUAGAGUACUCAGUAGAAGUAGUUAAACAUAGUCCAUAAUGUACAUAUAUGAAUUGAGUCAUAGAGAAUUACAAGAUCUGUGCAGGAUUUUGGACCAAAAUAAUAAAUGGGAAGAACUUGGAGGAACCCACAUGAACUAUGAUGUUUUAACAAUGCAGGUUUUAAAGAGAGAAAUUUAUAGGGGCAAUUCUCCAUCAGAAGCCCUUUUGACAAUGUGGGGCCACCACAAUCACACAGUGUUGGAAUUGUAUUUCUUGUUUAACAGAAUGAAACAUUAUCAAGCCAUGACAACAAUAAAGCACCUCGUUGAAGAUAAAUACCAUAAACUUAUAAGAGAGUGCCCAAUAAAUGUUCAUGAGGAAUUGAAGGAAUUAAAUGUUAACAAUGAUCGUCAGACUCAGAAGAUUUUGAAUGUACCUAAUAUGGAAUUUUUAGCUGUGAGCAAAGAAAACAAAGAUAGUAUUAAUCGUGGCUUGAAACCAAGGUCACCACUGCCUGUGGAUAAGAUUUUGAGCACAGGAUCUGCUAUAAGCUGUGUUGCAGAAUCUGCAGGGGCAAUCCCUCAAAUUUCAUAUAUUGAAUUACAAAAUUCAACAAACAAUUGGGAUAGUGCAAGUAUUUUAGGGAAAGGAGGAUUUGGGACAGUUUUCAAGGGCACUUGGAAAUGCACGAAAGUAGCUAUUAAAAGAAUUGAGUCUAAGGAGAAUAAUCCAGAAUCUUAUAAUGAGCAGAUAAAGCAAUCUAUUACAGAAUUGCAUUGUUUGAACGCUUAUAGACAUGACAAUAUUUUGCCGCUUUAUGGUUAUAGUAUUGGAGGACCACAGCCUUGCUUAGUUUAUCAAUAUAUGUCUGGAGGAUCUUUGGAUUAUCGCUUAAGGAUUCGGGAUUUAACUAAGGUUCUUGAUUGGGGUACAAGAUUGUAUAUAUCAAUUGGGACUGCUAGGGGAUUGCAAUAUUUACAUACAAUUGGAGAUAAACCUUUAAUUCACGGCGACAUAAAACCUGCUAAUAUACUGUUGGACCCAAACAAUUCGCCGAAGAUUGGAGAUUUUGGUUUGGCGCGCGAAGGGCCGCAUCAAAAUUACACACAUAUAACUGUUGAUAGAAUACACGGGACAAGACCGUAUCUUCCUGAUGAAUUCCUGAGAUCCAAGAAGUUUUCAACAAAAGUUGACACGUACAGUUUCGGAGUUGUUCUGUUUGAAAUAGCUACAUCACUGUACGCUUAUUCGGAUAGGCGGAGCGAUAAGUUUCUGAAGGAUCACGUGAUUAAUUAUACUGGAGAUAUUGUAGAUCUGAUGGAUAGAAGAGCUCCUACUGGCGUUGGAGAUUCAGUUUACCGUUGUCUCAUCGACAUAGGAAAAACGUGCGUGCAGAAAAGACCAAAGGACAGACCUGAAAUGGUCAGCGUCCUCUUAAACUUGGAACAAGCGCAAACAGAUUGUGAUAUAUUUCCUUAGAUGUUAUAUUGUA